UUCACUCUAACACUGAAGAAUGAAGACUUGGAAAAACUUAGGCGAAAAAAGAAUUUCAGAAACUUUCAAGAUGGUCUAAACAAAUUGCACAUAAAAUUUGAUAUGGGUGGUACUUUAGAAGUAAAAGUUAAAACAUUUUAUCAGUUGACAUGUAUAGAUAAACUGAUGAAAAUGUUGUUACACACAGAUCCGGAAAACACUGGUAGUAGGUUUGUAAUGACAUCUGGAGAGGAUGAUUUUGAGCACAUUCUUGAAGCAGCUGUAACCAUUGAAGGUGCCACAGAUAGAAUUUGGCAAAUUAUGCUGGUAGAGAAAGCAAAUAAAAUCAAAGAAUUUCGGGAAACUUGUGGCACCAUUUCCCAUUCAGAAGAUGUUCUUACAAUUAAAAGAAGAGAAAUUACAGCAGGCGACAGUACGUUUGAUGAUUUUGUAACAGUUUUUAAAUCAUUUGUGGAAGGAAUGAAACCUAUGGAGUUCGAGGAUAUACCAGUAGAUGACGAGUUUGUAGAUAAAAUUCCUACAUGGCAAGAAGAAAUUGAAAAUACUUUAAACAAGCACUGUUGUACUUUUAUACAGGAACAAAAAAAGGUUAUUGCAUACUUUGAUUCUUAUGAAAAAGCAAAACAGGUUGAACACCUUUUUCUUGUUAAGCUAGGGAAAAGGAAACAAACAGCACGAAGAAGGCAGGUAGUAGCUACUACAAAAGAUGGUCCAGAGUCAUUGCAGUCAGAAUAUGUCUCAUCAUCUGUUACAAAGAAAGCAGAUUUUGAAUGGAGCAGAGAUGCAAAGAGUUGUGCAACAUUUAAAACAACAGAAGGAAUACAAGUUUAUGUGUAUAAAGCAAACAUACUGAAACUACCAGUAGAUUGUAUUGUAAAUGCAGCAAAUGAUACUUUGCAACAUGGUGGUGGAGUGGCUCAAGUAAUAGCUAGAGGUGCUGGACAAGAACUAACUGAUGAAGGGAAUAGAUACAUACGAAAGAAGCACAAAAUACCUGUUGGACAAGUAGUAUCAACAACAGCCGGAAAGCUUCCAUAUAGCUAUGUGAUACAUGCUGUUGGACCACGUUGGUCAGAUUAUGCACCACAUUAUGAUAAUGAUGUUCAAAGAUGUGAGAAUGAUCUCUUCAGUGCACUUUACAAUAGUUUCCUAGAAGCCGAUAAGAAGGGACUUCAGACAAUAGCACUUCCUGCAAUAAGUGCUGCCAUAUUUGCAGUUCCUAUUGAUCUUUGUGUCAGUCAGUAUGUUGAGGCAGCAAUUCAUUAUAGUUUGAAGGAAAGUUCUAGGACAAACAUUAAAGAAAUACAUUUCAUUGAUAUAAAUCCAAGAAUUGUACGAGCAAUUCAAAGUGAAUUUGAAACAGUUUUGGUUCAGGCAAAAGUAUCACCAUAUGAUAGACAGAAGCAUGUGCAGUUGCCACGUGGGUACAGACACAGGUCCCCAAAAACUAACAAUGAAGCAUCUUGCCAGAACUUUAAGUUUCAAAAUAAUGGCAGAAGAACACACAACCAGUCUGUGUAUGAAAAAAAAGGAGCAGACCUUAUGAAAGAUGUUUCAUUUAGUCCAGGAGAGGUAACAAUGUACAGUGAAGGAGACAAACGUGUUUACCUGCUAGGUGGAACAGAAGAGCAUAGACUUUUUGUAUACACCAGUGAUAUUGUAAAAGUUAAAGAUUCAGCAAUAGUUGUACCUUUGGAUGAGUAUCGUAUGGUAGGUGAAAUUGGAAAGGCUGUUAAUGGAGCUAUAGAUAAAAAUGUGCAAACAAACUAUAGACGAGCUGUAGAAGAUUUAUUACCUGUAGGAUCUGCAACAGGCACCGUAGCAAUAACGAAAGGGUUUGGAUCAGGUUUUACUCGUAUUAUUCACAUUGUGUUUCCAUAUAGGGAGAGAGAACAAGACAUUAUGUAUAGAAGGAAAACUUUGAUAGCAGCAUUUCAGAAUAUCUUUCUGGAAGCAAUGAAGGAAAAGGAUGUGAAAAAAGUAGCUACAACAAUUUUUGGAAUAGAUGACAAGAAGAAAGAAGAAGUAGAAUUUGGAGCUAAUGCAUUUCUCGAGGGAUAUCAACAUUUUCUAAAUGUAAUGAGGCAGUCGGGAAAUUUAAAAUUAGAAGUUCAUCUUGUAUUGCGAAAUGGUCAAUAUAUAGAAAGGGUUCGCUCGACUUUUGAUACCUUUGUGCAGAGGCAACAAGAAGCUCAACAAAAUAUUUCUGCUGCUAGAGGAAUGAAGGAUUCAGCUUCUGAAUAUCACCCUGAACCGAUGGAAACUGGAGAUGAAAAUGUGGAAGACUGUGUAAUAUGCAUGGAUGAGAUGAACAAGCCUAGGAUGCUUCAGUGCGGCCACAAGUUCUGUGUUUCAUGCAUUGAAAGGCAUUUUGAAAUAAAAAAGACUUGCCCUACCUGUGGAGCUGUUUGUGGAAUAAUUACAGGUGAUCAGCCAGAAGGGUACAUGCAUUGGAAUUAUAAUUCUACACACUGUGCUGGAUAUCCAAACUGUGGACAGAUAUCAAUCACAUACACGUUUCCUACUGGGAGACAAGGAGUAAGUUAGUGGAAAGAAUAAAUGCUAUACUACAUUUUGUGUUUCCGUUGAUCUAUUUUUCAGGUUGAUCUUACCAGUCGCAGUGUUUACUUAGGCAUUGUGAUUCCUCAUUUUACGCAUUAAGAGACGUAUUAUGUUAUGACGCCGGUGUCCGUCCGUCCAUACAUCUGACUGUCCGUUAGCAAUUUCGU